AUGCCACAAACAAGAGUCGAACCUCUCGCUGACCAGAGACAGAGAAGGAAUCACCUUCUCCGUUCCCAUCAUUACCAACCCCUGAUUACCGAAGUGCUGGGGCAUGAGCUUCCCAAAUACGCAAACAGCACCGUAAUCGACACCGCAAACAUGAUCCAGCACAUGCGUGAAUGUGCACUAAUUCUUGCCUCAGCAUCUCCAGUCUUAACAGCCGCUAUAGCCGGGAAUCUACCAUCUCGGCUUCUAACCAACCCAGAGCUCCAGAGCGAAUACACAGCCCUCUCAGACCGAGCCCACUACCAACCUUCCAUCUACGCUCACUUUCUUACAGACACCCAGGGCACACCGCCAACACCGAACCAGUACCUCACCAUCAGCAACAUGGUGGAGGACUACCUCGCUAAAAACACCAUCUCGCAGCACGCAUGGCACGUAGAUAACAUGACGCAUCCACCCGUGCCCCAGGACUCCUCAAAUAAUGGUCACCGCAAGUACCUCCAUACUGCUAGUAUGAGGUCAUGCUCAGCAAGGCGCUCAGAAACCCUCCACUGUUUCUGUGCUGCCGUCCACCAGCGCUGGCUCGACACUCCGGCUUCCCUGCGGGGCACGCCUUUUACCUUUCCGCCUGCUGAAGUCAGAUACUCACGCCACUCUCACUGUCGACUUCGCCAGCACAGCCUGCGGCAGUCGUCAAACUACAUUAUGAAUCUUGUCGAGGAUAUAUGUAGCUAUCUGCAUCGGAUCGGGGUGUUUGAGCAGCAGUUCAGCAUGCAUGGGUACAUUAUUUUUUUGCUGUUUCGGGCAAAUCAGGCUGCUAUUGCGGAAAUAUUUUGCUCCGGGCUGCUGCAGGUAUGGGUGGAGGGUGGAGGCGGAUUUAAUGCAUGUCCUGCGGGAAGGAGCGUGGCUACUGCGAAGCGGGUGAAUGAGGGGGAGUGGGCGGGCUAUGAGCGGUGGGUGAGAGAGGAUUCGGGUGCUGUGGAGAAUAUGAGGGUGCAGCGGCAAAGGGCUGAGGAGUGGCGGAUGGCGCUGGAGUGGGAGGAUGAAGAGGGUAAGGAGAGGCAUGGUGAUUGUGUGUAG